AUGUCGCACCGUAGCAACGCUCACUACAACUAUGUCCCAGACAUCUACCGCGACGAAGAGGCCGACGAAGCAAAUAACAUCUGGAAAGAAGUUUCCGAGAGAAAGGCUGUUGUCAUUGUCCACCCCACUCACCCCGUCGACAACAACCUAAUUAGGAGAUUGCUUCCUCGGCCUAUCAUCGACUACCCAUUCGAGACAACUCGCGCAGCUGUUGACUUCAUUGCCUCUAGAACAGUGCGCGACUUCCCGGAUGUCAAGAUCAUCUUUUCCCGUGGUGAUAAAGCUCUCACAUACCUCAUCAGUCGCCUAGCAACUGUUCUACCUUACUUGUCUAAGGACUUCAAUCCAAAAGACGUGCUUAAGGACGCGAGAAGCUUCUACUAUGACACUACAAUUUCCGGCAGCGAGAAUAUACUCCUAGUUGUCACGAUCAGGAGUCGACUGACCCCUUUCUGCAGAACGUGA